CAGGCUCACUAGCCCUAGAGAGAAGAGAUAGAUCACCCCCAAAAGGCUCUCACUCUCAUUUCCCGCCUUUCCACUCUUCAACCGAUCCACAUUUCUCAGCCUCUCUCUCUCUCUCUCACCUCAAAUGGACGACAAGAAGAAGAAACGACGACGACCUGACCCGAGCUCCGACGAAGAAACCCGGCUUCCCUUCAAGAACCGGCUAAAACCCGACUCCGUUAUCCUCGAAUCGCUCCGAGACCUCCUCAAUACCUCCUCCUCCUCCGCAUCCACCUCCAAAACCCUAACCCUAGCGGACCUUGCCCUCGCCUCCACGUGCCGCGAGGUGAACGAGCUCUCCCUCCCCUCCGUCGAGUCGGCCAUCGAGUCCCUGAUUCUGAAGAUCGCGCGCUCCAUCCUCGACGGCCACGGGUUCUCCUUCGACGUGCCGUCACGCUCCGCCGCCAACCAGCUCUACGUGCCGGAGCUCGACCGCAUCGUGCUUAAAGAUAAGACUUCCCUCCGCCCCUACGCUAACAUCUCCACUGUCCGCAAAUCCACCAUCACCACCCGCAUCCUCCAGCUCAUCCACCAGCUCUGCGCCAAGAGCAUCCACGUCACCAAGCGUGACCUCUUCUACACCGACGUCAAGCUCUUCCAGGACCAGACCCAGUCCGACUCCGUCCUUGACGACGUUUCGUGCAUGCUCGGCUGCACCCGCUCCAGCCUCAACGUCAUCGCCGCCGAGAAAGGUGUCGUCGUGGGUCGCCUCAUUUUCAGCGAUAACGGCGACAUGAUCGAUUGCACGAAGAUGGGUAUGGGCGGAAAGGCCAUUCCUCCCAACAUUGACAGGGUUGGGGAUAUGCAGAGCGACGCGUUGUUUAUACUGUUGGUUGAGAAGGACGCUGCGUAUAUUCGAUUGGCCGAGGACCGGUUCUACAAUCGAUUCCCGUGUAUAAUCGUGACGGCCAAGGGGCAGCCCGAUGUGGCCACGAGGUUGUUCUUGAGGAAGAUGAAGAUGGAGCUGAAGCUUCCGGUGCUUGCGCUUGUGGAUAGCGAUCCCUACGGGCUGAAGAUUUUGUCGGUCUACGGGUGCGGGUCAAAGAACAUGUCGUAUGACAGUGCCAAUUUGACGACCCCGGAUAUAAAGUGGUUGGGGAUUAGGCCGAGCGAUUUGGACAAAUACAAAAUACCAGAGCAGUGUCGGUUGCCGAUGACGGAGCAGGAUAUUAAGACCGGCAAGGACUUGUUGGAGGAGGAUUUUGUGAAGAAGAAUCCGGGCUGGGUUGAGGAGCUGACUCUCAUGGUGAAGACGAAGCAGAAGGCUGAGAUUCAGGCUUUGAGCACGUUUGGGUUUCAGUACUUGUCUGAGGUGUAUUUGCCCCUGAAGCUGCAGCAGAGGGAUUGGCUGUAACGGUAUUUCCUUGGUGUUUCUCUUUGUUUGCUUUACUUUUGUAAUGAGUACUGGGAAAUUUGUGUA